CAUUAGGACGUACACACAGCCUGACACUCACACGUUUCAAACACACUCUAUCCAUUGGACACCACUAAUUAUCCAUCCACACACAUGCGUGUGCACACUCACACACACACUGUGUGUGUCUUUGGUCAAUGAAGCGCGUCUUUGGGCUGGUGUUGGAGCGGCUGGUGUUUGUGUCUAAGAACCUCAAACUGAGCAAAUGCAGGAAACAGAAGAAGAAGAAGAAGCUGAAAACCAAACCAGCGGUGAUCCUGACAGUUUACCUCAAUGACACCCAGCAGAUGCUGACUGAGGUCCCAGUUACUCCAGCAACCAGAGUGAUUGAUGUGGUGGAAUACUGCAAAGAGGCCGGUGAGGGGGACUGUCACCUCGCUGAAGUAUGGAAUGGGCAUGAGCGAGUUCUCCCCUCAGAGGUGUUACUGUUGGAUCUUCUCAAGCAGUGGGGAGCCAGGAGGCCCGAGGUCAGCUUCUACCUCAGACACUGCCCAUCCUGGACACAAGGAAGUCAACAGCCUUUGGAGCAGAGCUGGACCACAGAGGCAACAGAGAGUGCUAAUGACAGGGUUCCCCGUGUGGAGCUGACCCUCUCUGAGCUCCAGGAAAUGGCCACGAGACAACAGCAACAAAUAGAGACUCAGCAACAGAUGUUGGUGGCCAAGGAGCAGAGACUAAGGUAUCUUCACCAGGGCGGCAGAUCUAACCAAGGACAGACACAGUCCGAAGCGGAGAAGCUGCAACAGUUGAAGGAGCGGGUGGAGACUCAGGAGGCCAAGCUGAAGAAGAUCCGAGCCAUGAGAGGACAAGUCGACUACAGUAAACUGAUCAACGGAAACCUCUCUGCAGAGAUUGACCAUGUCAGCAGCCUGUUUCAGGAGAAGCAGGCAGAGCUGCAGUCUGCUGUGGUCAGAGUCGACCAGUUGACUCAGCAGUUGGAGGACUUGAGGAGAGGACGCCUUCAGCUACACUCUGUUGCAUCAGGGCAGGGGGGACCCACUGGUUCCCAGGGUGCACCUCCUGGCCAGAAAGGAUCCUCCUUGUCUGGUCCUGCAGCCCUAGAACUAAGGAAACUCUACCAGGAGCUGCAGGCUCGUAACCGUCACAACCUGGAGCAGAGCACCAAGCUGGCCCAGAACAAGGAACUGCUAAACAAGAGAAACGCCCAGGUGACGGUGAUGGAUCAACGCAUCGGAGACCUGAGAGAGCGACUGCAUAAGAAGAAAGCAGAAUUGAGUCGAAUGAAUGGAGGAGGCCUGUCCUCCCCUCAGACCUCCUCUCAUCCAGGCAGUGGAGUCUCGGGGCGAGUCGCGGCUGUCUGUCCCUACAUCCAGGUUCCGGCGGAGGGGAGACAGGAGGCGGGGGACCCACCACCCAAACCAGCCCCGCUCAGCCACAUCCGCUCCCUCUCAGAGGAGGACAGGAGCGGAAUCAGGAAGCCUCCCACCAAAUGGAAAGUGUCAGAUUUAGACAUCGUCCUGUCAGACCCCACUGGAGUGUGGGAGGGACCUCCGUCCCCUCAGUCGGGUGACAGUAACAACACUAAUGAAGCAUCAUGGCCUAGCAUCAGUAAGAGUGUGUCGGAUUGGAAGACCAACAGUCCAGAACAGCAUCCCUCUGGUUAUGGUACCUACCCCAGUGCCACCCACCAGGCAGCAGGGCAUCACUGUGCCACCAGCUCCCUGCCCCGCUCUGCCCCUGGUACACUGGGCUGGCCCCGAUCUGGUGGCGCGAAUGCCACCUCAUCAUCCUCUUCAUCAUCUUCCUCUUCACAGCAAAUACAGCAGCGGAUUUCUGUCCCUCCAAAUUCUAGCCAAGGCCCUGACACCGCUUCCCAACCCUCUCCCUUGUCCCCUCAAACAGAGCGAACAGACCCCCCACCAGCAGUGGCAGUUCGUCCCUAUGUCCCGGACCACCCCUCCAGGCCUCAGUCUCCCAGAAAGGGCCCCCCUACCAUGAACAGCAGCUCCAUCUACAGUAUGUACCUCCAGCACCCUCAGGCCAAAAACUAUGGAUCUCUCAGCAACAGGGCGACUGUCAAAGCAGUCUACGGUAAACCCAUCCUCCCCACCUCCUCCAACUCUCCAUCCCCUGUACCUUUUCUCCAGGGAGGAGGAGGAGUAGCAAGAGCAGGAGGAGAGGAUGUUACGGAUAAAGACAGAGGGAAAGGAGGAGGCGAGAGCAAUGAUGGGCAAAUCCUGCCUCCACCCAGCGUGGACAACAUCCCCCGUCCCCUCAGUCCCACUAAGCUCACCCCAGUUGCCCAUUCCCAGCUACGCUAUCAGAGUGAUGCUGACCUGGAGGUCCUCCGCCGGCGCCUCAGCAACGCUCCGCGACCCCUGAAGAAACGGAGCUCAAUCACUGAGCCUGAGGGGCCGCAGGGGCCAAACAUCCAAAAACUACUGUACCAGAGGUUUAACACGUUGGCAGGAGGCAUGGAAGGAGGCUCAGGAAACACUUUCUACCAGCCAGAAUGCAUUUUGGGUGAUAUGGACAACAUCCACUCAGCAAACGGGAAUGUACAGCCUGGUGACAAGCCGGUCAGUGUGGCAACAACCAUGGAGGCCGAAAGUCAAAACCUGAACUCUGGCUCCCGCCGCUUGUCCCCACCUUCUGUUGCCAUAGAAAAAUCCACGGAGACGGCCGCAAAAACAGAAACCACCAAUAACGUGUCCCCGUCAACCCAACCCAGCCCUUCCCCUGCACCUGAUAGGCCUGAGGACCAGAACAAUAACAACCAUAGAGAGUCGAGUCCCACACACAACUCUGUAGGCCACACCUCCCCAUCUCCAUUACCUCCUGCUCCACCCUCACUGCCGAAGGUGAAGCGAACAAACCUGAAGAAGCCGUCGUCAGAGCGAACAGGCCACGGCCUCAGAGUCAAGUUCAACCCUCUGGCUCUACUGCUGGAUGCAUCGUUAGAGGGAGAGUUUGAUCUGGUGCAGAGGAUUAUAUAUGAGGUUGAAAAUCCCAGUAUGCCUAAUGAUGAAGGCAUAACUCCUCUUCAUAAUGCUGUCUGCGCCGGCCAUCACCACAUUGUUAAGUUCCUGCUGGACUUUGGAGUUAAUGUAAAUGCAGCUGACAGUGACGGAUGGACUCCUUUGCACUGUGCAGCUUCAUGUAAUAGCGUCCACCUCUGCAAGAUGCUGGUGGAGUCGGGGGCUGCCAUUUUCGCCACAACAAUUAGUGAUGUCGAAACAGCAGCAGACAAAUGUGAAGAAAUGGAGGAGGGCUACACACAGUGUUCUCAGUUCCUCUAUGGUGUACAAGAAAAGUUGGGCGUGAUGAACAAAGGUUUAGUGUACGCUCUCUGGGAUUACACAGCCCAGCAGGCCGAUGAGCUGUCGUUCAACGAGGGGGACGCCCUCACCGUGCUGCGCCGCCGUGACGACACAGAGACAGAUUGGUGGUGGGCGCGGCUCAACGACCGCGAGGGAUACAUACCCAGAAACCUGCUCGGGCUGUAUCCAAGGAUCAAACCCAGACAACGCUCACUGGCAUGAAGCCCAGAUCAGAAGCCAUGUGCACACUCACAGAGGGCGCAUGCACAUGGUGAAGAAGAGGAGCAGCAGCAGCAUGUGGGCAUAGACAUUAGCCAAGAAAGAAAGAACAAAUGAUGGAGGUAGUUGGGAGGAAACGACUGCCUCCAUCACAAACAAAGAUGGAACUUGCCACUCUAACGAAGCAACUUUUCCUCCAGUUUGUUUGGAUGUAAUGCUAGAAUCACAGAGCCACUUUAUGCUAGAGUCAUAAUAUGUUUUCACUAAGUUGCUGCAGCUGAAAGGAAUUGUCCAAAUCUUACUUUGAGCAAAAGUAGCUUGGCAACUUCACACAGAGUUCAGCCGCAUGAGAGACGCUGAACAGAAAAAAAAUGCAAAAUGAUCUAUCAUUUGGUUGCAUCGUUGAGUUCUUCCAGAAAGCUCUCCUUGAGCUACCCAAAUAAUCCCGACCUUUGAAUGCCACUUUAUUUUUGUAUGGUGUUAAUUAACAAAAGCACCCACAUGGAUCCUCAUAAAGCCAGCAGCAAAGUGAGUGUGCUCUUUGUCGAUGAACAUGGUAUGUUGUCUGAAAACACUUUCACACUGUGCGGUGUGAGGAUUUUCAGUGCAGUAUAUUCACAGGCCGGGUCAGGUGAUAUGUUUUUGUGAGACAUGAAGUUGGAGAGAUGAAAGUGAGAAGAGAGAGCAGGGAGCGUAACUGAAUGUGUGUUAAGGAAAGAAAUUCAGGUUUUGUCAGGUUGUUUACAGGGCAGCUAUUAGCAGUGCGAACCAUAAGACCAAGAGGCAGGAUCCAUCGAGCUCUGGAUGCAUGGUGGCUGAAGUCCACAUCACCUCACAUGAGAAACAGACACUGACAGUACAUCACAAAAUGUUAUGGCAUGGUUAAAACAAGUUUGAACUGAUAUCAGAAGAAGUCUGAUGUCACAAAGUUUCACAUGAAGCAUCUAUGAAUAAUUACUGACGUCUCAAUGCUUUGCUAUUGUGUGUUUCUGUUGACUCAGCACUGCUGCAUGGUGUCAUGGUGUUCAAAUGCAAAAUGUUUGCAGCUGGAUGAGAAGAAGGAAAACAAGAAUGUGUGAAUUGAAUUUGUGAGACCAAAGUACCAAAGGGUUUAGAGAAGAAGAAGGAAGAAGACAAAUUGGCAAAAAAAUGUUUGCAAUAUUCUCCAUUAACAUUUUAAGGUGCAAUAUAUAACAAUUUGCCACCUUUCAAAUACAAAUUCAAAACAGAAAACAAAUUAAGGGGGAGCAUAUAAUGUGUCAUCAGAGUUAGAGCUAACUGCUGCUAACGGCAGCUGCAGUUAAUUUGUUAGCUCAGUUAGCCAUGCAGCUAGUGGUUUAGAGUGUGAGCUGGGAGAUCAGGGGAGUGUUAGCAUUUACACUGCUAAUAAAGGAUUUUAGGACUGGGACAGGUCGAGGCUAGCUAGUUAGCCUGCUAACCUCAGUAGAUAUCGCUACAACACAACACAUCAAUGUCAGAAGUGGUAUUUCUUCACUUUCUGUCAUCAACUCACAUUUUUACCUAAUGCUCAUUUACAAGUCCAGACUUGGGCCCGGCACACAUUGGUCAUUGUACUGGAGCAACGCAGGUGCCAAGCUUUAAAACUAAACAUAUGGUAAAGCGGUGUCUCCAUCAACCACAGUCUCAGUGUUUCAGUCCUCUUAAAUAUAUAACAUACAAGCUACCGUGGCUAAUCUGUCUUUUCUGUGAAGUCAAGACAUAGACUGUCAUUACAGAAAUCACACCGCCACAACAAAGGUUGAGAAUAUAUUUUAUUAUCCCUGCAGGGCGAACUGCUUUAGUGUUCAAAUGGGGCUAAAUUAACCUUAAGUGAAUGAAGUAUCUCAAGUGUGGAAACAACUUUAAGUGUCAUCUCUGAUUUUUUUUUUCUUCAGAUUUACAUAUGUCAGUAGUUGUAUGCAAUGUAUUAUUUUCCUGGUUUGUUGUUUUUUUCUAUUAUUAUUAUUAUUAUUAUUAUUAUUAUUAUUAUUAUUAUUAUUAUUAUUAUUAUUAGUCACACUGCUCUUGCUUCUUUUUCUGUCAGUGAUGGCGUCACUCAUUGCUGCCACCCAGUGGACAGGAAGGGUUUGACACAAAGCGUCAUGUCCUUCAAACACACGCUGUGUAAAAUAUGAAGCAAUAAGUAGAGUGGUGUGUAAUGGCACAUCGGUCUGAGGAGUGCAAACCAUGACUUUGUGUAUAUGCGACCUGUCACUGCUCAACUCAUGUACAUACACUAAUAAUAAAGAAAUUAUAAUCCAUGCA